AUGAGCGGGCAGGUGUCGCGCGGCUCAGCUGGCGAGUAUCAGGCAGAUGAGCAGGCAGGUGUCGCGGCUCAGCUGGCGAGUAUCAGGCAGAUGAGCGGGCAGGUGUCGCGCGGCUCAGCUGGCGAGUAUCAGGCAGAUGAGCGGGCAGGUGUCGCGGCUCAGCUGGCGAGUAUCAGGCAGAUGAGCGGGCAGGUGUCGCGCGGCUCAGCUGGCGAGUAUCAGGCAGAUGAGCGGCAGGUGUCGCGCGGCUCAGCUGGCGAGUAUCAGGCAGAUGAGCGGGCAGGUGUCGCGCGGCUCAGCUGGCGAGUAUCAGGCAGAUGA